AUGAGUGUGGCCGUCGACAAUGCGAUUACUAUUUAUUACCUUUCAGAUGUGAUUCCAGCGCGUUUCAACGUAGCCUUGAUGAUGUUCUUUGCUUGCUGGGUCAACUACAUGUUACGGGUCAACAUGAGCGUCAACAUUAUAGCCAUGGUACCAAGCGAUAACGAAGAUAAAUCGGUUAAAUCUGAAUGCGAGGCAAUUGAAAAUGACGAUAGAGCAUUAUAUAAUAGCACUUUAAGUGUGAUUACGAAGCAAGUACUACGACAGCCCGAAGGUGUAGUUACGUUUGAUUGGACCGCACAAGAACAAGCUUAUGUGUUAUCGAGCUACUUUUGGGGCUAUGCUGUCACAUCAUUCUUCAGCGGUUUUGCAGCAGAACUAUACGGUCCAAGAAAAGUCGUCUUCUUAACAAUGUUAACAACUGCCGUUCUCACGAUUCUCUCACCGGAGGCGGCAAAAUUGAGCUAUUCAUUACUUGUAACCAUACGAGUCAUUAUUGGUCUUGCAUCGGGUUUCCUAUUUCCUUCUUUGCACGCUCUUGUUGCACAUUGGGCUCCACCGGCUGAAAAGGGUAAAUUCGUGAGCUGUCUUCUAGGCGGUGCGAUAGGAACCGUGGUCACUUGGUCGCUCACCGGUCCUUUAAUUGAGAACUUUGGUUGGAGUUCCGCUUUUUACGUACCUGGAAUAAUUGGUGUCGUUUGGUGUGCGGCUUGGUGGAUUUUGGUAUACGACUCUCCCACUCAGCAUCCUCGUAUCUCUUCUGAUGAAAAGGAAUAUAUUUUAAAAGCCAUUGGUGACAAAGUACUCUCUUCAAGACAAAAUAAGGUCAAUCUUCCCCUCUUAAAAAUUCUCACUUCCUUUCCCUUCCUUGCGAUGACAAUCCUUCACUUUGGCAACAGCUGGGGAGUAUAUUUUGUGAUGACAGCGGCGCCAAAUUUCGUAUCUAAUGCUCUCGGCUUUAACCUUACAUCGACGGGAACAUUGGCUUCACUGCCGUAUUUAGCGAGGAUGAUAUUUUCACUAAUCUUUGGAGCCAUCGGAGACAGAAUCGUGAAGCAGAAUGUAGUUUCGAUGACGUUUAUGAGAAAAUUCUUCUGCAUAUUCUCUCACAUUUUACCUGGUUUGCUCCUGAUUGCUCUUGGAUUCACGGGCUGUGCCCCCAUACUCUCAGUGGCUCUAAUAACAUUCUCCAUGGGAUCCAAUGGUGCUGCCACAUUGACCAAUCUUGUCAACCAUCAAGAUCUAGCCCCUAAUUUCGCGGGAACUUUAUACGGAAUUGCUAAUGGAGUCGGAAACACUGCUGGUUUUAUAACGCCUCUCGUUACUGCCCACUUUACGAAGGACGGGAACGGUUUUGCGGAAUGGAGACCAGUUUUCAUAACUGGAGCGUCCGUGUACAUCGCUUCGGCUAUUUAUUUCAUUUUAUUCGGAACGGCUGAAACACAAUCGUGGAAUUACAUCCCUCCAGCUGAAGAAGAUGAAGCUGAAAAGAGACAGAGUGAAAACUCAAACGAUACAAGCAUCACUAUUCCUGUAAAAACAUAAAGCAUUCAUCGCUAUACUCGUACUAUAUAUUGUAAGAUUUUUUAACUCCCAGAUAAAAAAAAAAAAAACACGGUAACUUUAAUGGAAAAUUCCGAAGCAAAUUCGUGUAAAAAAUGUACUCACACGGUUCUUACGUAUGUAUUAUUAUCGUAAUUAAUAUAAUUUACUAGUGUUAAGGCUAUAUUCCAAAUUUAAAAGAAUGAUUUCAUGUAGAAUAAAUUACAGAUAUUUUUGUAGAUAUAGAAUAGAGGCUUAAUAAUGAGAACAAUUUUAAAAUAUACACAUAUAUUUACAUAUAAAGGUAAAAACUAUGACUUCAU